AUGGCGGCGUCCUGCGUGGCGCUGCUGGCGCUGCUGGCGCUGUGUCUGCUGCUGCUCAGCGCGGGGAAACGCCGGCGGCGGGGGCGCGGGUCCCGGCAUGUGGUCGUCGUGGUGCUGGGCGACGUGGGCCGCAGCCCCCGCAUGCAGUACCACGCACUGUCGUUGGCCAAGCACGGCUUCUCCGUGACGCUCCUAGGCUUCUGCGACUCCAAACCCCGCGAUGAGCUCUUGCAAUGCGACCGGAUUCAGAUAGUGAGGCUGACUGAGCUUCGGCGCCUUGCAGUCGGGCCCCGAGUUCUCCAGUACGGGAUCAAAGUUGCGUUUCAGGCCGUGCACCUGCUGUGGAGGUUGAUGUGGACGGAGCCCGCCGCCUACAUCUUUCUCCAGAACCCCCCCGGCCUGCCUGCCAUUGCCGUCUGCUGGUUUGUGGGCUGCCUUUGUGGGAGCAAGCUCGUCGUCGACUGGCACAACUACGGCUACUCCAUCAUGGGUCUGGUGCACGGGCCCCACCACCCCCUCGUCCUGUUGGCCAAAUGGUACGAGAGGCUCUUUGGGCGCCUGGUGCACUUCAACCUGUGUGUGACCAACGCCAUGCGGGAAGACCUGGCAGAGAACUGGCACAUCAGAGCGGUGACCGUCUACGACAAGCCGGCAUCCUUCUUCAAAGAGACGCCCCUGCACCUGCAGCAUGAGCUGUUCCUGAAGCUGGGCCGCACCCACUCUCCCUUCAGGGCCCGCUCAGAGCCCUCAGACCCUGCUGUGGAGAGGUCGGCCUUCACGGAGCGCGAUGCUCAGAGUGGGGCGGUGACACACCUGCGCAGGCGGCCGGCUCUGCUGGUCAGCAGUACAAGCUGGACAGAGGACGAGGACUUCUCCAUCCUGCUGGCUGCCCUAGAAAAGUUUGAACAGCUGGCCCUCCAUGGAGACGACCUUCCUCCUCUAGUGUGUGUGAUAACAGGCAAAGGGCCCCUGAAGGAGCACUACGGCCGCCUGCUGGCCCAGCGGCGUUUCCAGCACAUCCAGGUGUGCACCCCGUGGCUGGAGGCCGAGGACUACCCCUUACUCCUAGGGUCGGCGGACCUGGGCGUGUGUCUGCACAAGUCCUCCAGUGGCCUGGACCUGCCCAUGAAGGUGGUGGACAUGUUCGGGUGCUGCCUGCCUGUGUGUGCAGUGACCUUCAAGUGUUUACAUGAGCUUGUGAAGCAUGAAGAGAACGGCCUGGUCUUCCAGGACUCGGAGGAGUUGGCUGCUCAGCUGCAGAUGCUCUUCUCAAAGUUCCCGGAUCCCGCUGGCAAGCUGAACCAGCUCCGGAGGAACCUCCAGGAGUCACAGCAGCUGCGAUGGGAUGAGAGCUGGGAGCAGACCGUGCUUCCGCUCGUGAUGGACGGAUGA